GCCACCCUCAAUCUAACACAACACCCGUCGGAAAAAUGCUCCCCACCAAUUUCCCCGCGCCUGAAAAUUGAUUUCCGGCUAAAAUCCCUGCAAAAACAUAGCCAGCACUGCUUUUAAUUGCCAGAAUUUCCAUUGAAGCAUCCCUUAGUAUCCAGAAAAUGCAGACCAUAUCCUACCACGUCCUACCAACCAAGAUUCCCUCCCUGGAAAACCAUUUUCCCAUCAAAAUUCGGGCAAAAUCGGCCAUUAAAGCUGCUUAUGGUCAUGCCAAGGACCAGUCUUUUCUGGCCACUGGACCAACUCCGAUGAACCCCACCUUCUCAAAACCAAAGGGAGGCAAGCAUUUGCAAGUGAACCAGUUGCCUCAAAUCACAGGAAAUAACAGUUUUUCAGCAACCCAAUUGCCGGAAAUGGCCGUAAGUCACAGUUUUCCGGAGGCUGGUGCCAAAGAACUUCCCGGAAAACUUUUGACUCCGGACAUUGGUGGUCCUUCUCAAACCACUCUCUCCAAACAAGUGCAGAAAGACCUCAGCUGCAAACACCCCACUACUCACAUUAAACCCAGGAAACAACGGAGUUCUUCUCCCAAAAUCCAAAGUUUUCCGGCCAAAGAAGAGCUUCAUCCGAUGAAUUCUUCGGAAGAGGCCAUGACUGCCUUUUGGGACUACCAAUUUCUCUUCAUUUCUCAGAGAUCAGAAACAGAGGAACCGGUGGCUCUUCGCCUUGUUCAUGGCAAAGUUCCAUGUGAUUUCCCUAAAGGAACUUACUAUUUAGCAGGACCGGGCCUCUUCAUUGAUGAUAUGGGCUCCACUGUGCACCCCCUCGAUGGCCAUGGCUACCUUCGCGCCUUCUCCAUCAUCCCUAGUGCUGGUAAAAACCCAGGAAUUUCUGGCUAUGCUCAUACAAAUUCCGGCCAAAACAGAGCAGUUUUGAGCACCCAUUCCUGCCUAAAUGGAGAAGUUUCAGGCAAGGUGGGUCACUUUCACGGCGAGUCAGGUAAACUCUCCAGCAAAGUGGGUGGCUCCUCUGGGAAAGUGGAUGACUUUUCCGGCGAGUUGGGUCAGUUUUCCAGGAAGUUGGCUGAAACUUCAGGCCAUGCGGGUCCAUUUUCCAGCAACUUGGGUCAGUUUUCAGGCGAUGUAGAUGCAUUCUCUGGCAAGGUGGGUCACUUUUCCAACAAAGUGGGUGCAUUUUCCGAUGAGACUGAUCGAAAUUCCGGUCAUUCGGCUAUGUUUGCAAGUGAGUUCGAUCACUUGUCCACCGAGACAGCUCAAUUCUCCGGGCGAUUUUCCGGUGAAGUUAAGUUAUCGGCAAGGUACGUGGCCACUCAAGCAAAACAAGAAGAGUAUGAUGAAAAAUCAAAAAAAUGGAUUUUUGGUUAUCGUGGUCCAUUUUCAGUUCUGAAAUUUGGCCAGAAAUUCUUCAACACAAAGGUGAUGAAAAAUGUGGCAAACACUUCAGUGUUGAAAUGGGGUGGAAGAUUGCUUUGUUUAUGGGAAGGUGGUGAUCCCCAUGAGAUAGAACCAGAGAGCUUGAACACAGUGAGGGUGGGCGAUUUUAUCAGUGGCCGGGAAAUUGAUGUGGGGCCGCCGGAAUCUAGCGUGGAUGGCCGGAAAAGAGACAUGGGGUCGGUGGUUUUGGAUUUUGUGACGGGGUUGUUGAGGCCGGUGCUCUAUGGUGUUUAUAAGAUGCCCCCAAAGAGACUGCUGUCACAUUACAAGAUCGAUGCACGUCGAAAUAGGCUUCUCAUGAUGUCCUGCAACGCUGAAGACAUGCUUCUCCCUCGCAGUUCUUUCACAGUCUAUGAAUUUGACUCCAAAUUCAACUUGUUACAAGAGAAAAGCUUUGAAAUUCUUGAUCAUGUCAUGAUCCAUGACUGGGCCUUCACAGAAGACCACUACAUCUUGGUUGCAAACCGUGUCAAGAUCGAUGUAGCAGGUUCAAUAUCAGCACUAUGUGGAAUCUCACCAAUGAUCUCUGCACUUUCACUCGAUCCAAGCCAUCAAUCAUCUCGAAUCUACGUGAUUCGUCGGUUCUCAGAAGGAACCCGAGAUUGGAGACUUCCCAUAGAAGCACCUUCACUAUUCUGGUUACUCCAUGCCGGCAAUGCCUUCGAGAGAAGAGAUGAACAUGGCAACUUACACAUACAAUUACAGGCAUCAGCUUGUUCUUACCAAUGGUUUAAUUUUCAUAAAAUGUUUGGAUAUGACUGGCGGAGGCCGCAGCUGGAUCCGACAUUUAUGAACAAAGAAAAUGCAGAAAAUUUGCCGCAUCUAGUACAGGUUUCCAUGGAAUUGGGAAAAGAUGGAAAUUUUCACAACUGUACGGUGGAGCCACUCUCCCAGUGGAUGUACACCUCUGAUUUUCUGGCCAUAAAUCCGGCAUUCUCGGGCACCAAGAACAAGUACUUGUACACAUCAUCUUGUUCUGGAUCUAGGCCCUCUUUGCCAUAUUUUCCAUUUGACAUGGUUGCUAAGCUUAACAUGACACAAGGCUCAGUGGCCACGUGGUGUGCUGGAUUUCGUCGCUUCGUCGGAGAACCGGUCUUUGUUCCACGAGGAGAAGAAGAGGAUGAUGGAUACAUACUAGUCGUCGAGUAUGCAGUUUCAGUGCAGAGGUGUUACCUUGUGAUGCUGGAUGCAAAGGAGAUUGGAAAACCUGGUGCACUGGUCGCAAAGUUUGAAGUCCCCAAGGAGCUGAACUUCCCUGUAGGAUUUCAUGGAUUUUGGGUGAAUGAUGAAUCUGGUUAACAUUCUCUCUCUCUCUCUCUCUCUCUCUCUCUCUCUCUCCUACAGAAUAUCCAUUGCUUCAAUAUGCACUAAUCCCAUUAGAACAGUGUGUUCUUGUGGAACAAAAUUACAAGACUGGUUCAAUUCUUGCUAUAGCCCAUGAACAAAAACAUUAUUUAGUCACACCACUCUAUCAAAAUAGUGGUGCAUUUCUGGUGCAUCCAGUGGGAUGCUUAUAAAAAAGACCAGGUGCUUGUAAAUGUU